AUGAACCAGGCCAACCAAGAUCCUCGUCAAUCGACGCCUCUACCCACGCGUGUCUCCAAGGCAUGCGAUCGGUGCAAGCGCAACAAAUCAAGAUGUGAUUCGUACCGCCCUUGCUCGCUGUGCCUACGAGCAAAUGCAGAAUGUACAAGCACGAGCACUAAGACCGGGCUCUCGAGACAAGACAGCACGAACACAGAGGCUUCAGUAUCGCGUCCGACAGCCGUCAAGCGCAGGCGGAACAAUGAUUCGCAAAGCGGUGAUGAACGGCGAUUGAGAUCCACGAGUCGGCUGCAUUCAUUCGAGGAUAUCAGCGACCGUCCGAAUCCUGAAAACUUCGACAAUCAUCGUGGCGAUACUCGCAGCGAUGCUGGAGAUGAUGGGGAAGCCGAAUCCACCAUGAGCAUGGCACGGAAGAUUUACAGCCUGGACCAGCAACACCUUGAUGAGUUUGCAGUGAACGCCAUACCAGGAGCAGAAAUCGGGAACCCCACGCCUGCUGCUCCGUCUCCCGCUGUCGAAAAGUAUCCGACAAAUGCAUACUUGACGCAUCCUUUCCCACCGUCUGAUGUGGUCAUUGAAUUACUGGACGAGUACUUUGCGUCCGUACAUUGGUUUUCCCUGGUUAUCUAUGAACCAAAGUUCAGAGAAAUGUUCACGUCUAUUCAAGACGGCCUUGCUGAACCAAGUCAAAAGUCUUUUUUGAUCUUGCUUUCAACAAUGUUGGGCAUGGCCUCCUGGUAUCGAUCACAGAGACCCGAAUCAGAGACAGGCAGACCCAGCCGACAAUGGAAAAAGCUCAGCUCUGAUCUCUUCAAGAAUGCGGAUAACGAUCUCAUCAACAUCAUGGAUCAGAACUCAAUCUCUGCUAUCCAGACUUUGAUCUUGUUGGGUUCAUUUUAUUGUUACCACGGUCGGCCAAACUUGUCCUUUUCCAUGCUGGGUGCAAGUCUAAGGACUGCUCAAGCUUUGGGUCUACAUCGCGAGCCUUCUCGCAUCUCGUUUCAUGACUGCGAAGAGAGGAAGAGAGUUUGGUGGACCAUUUACACUUGGGACAUGUUUGCGGCUGUCACAUAUGGACGACCUUUGGGCAUCCACAACGAAGAUUGUACAGUUACGAUGCCAUCAGACUUCUCGGAGAACAUUCAGUACAGAAACCUUGCUCGCCCUCAGGAUCGACACUUGAUUUUGUACUCUCGAUACCAGACUGAGCUCAACAAAUUAUACAUGAUCGCAUCACCAGUCAUCAAGAAGGUAUAUGGCACCAGACUAAGACGAGGAGGCUCACACGCCGAUAAUGCGCCAUAUCUGCAACUCGUCAAGGAUGUUACAACAAGGCUAUGGGGUUGGAGAAGCGCAUUACCCCAGCACCUCCUUAUAGAUCUGGACAAUGAUUGCCCUGCCGAGAUGAGUGCCACUGCAAAAGCACAUUGCCUCCAGGCCUUGGCUCUCCAACUCACAUUCGACAAUCUGCUGAUAAUCCUUCAUCGGCCCUUCCUCGCUUGGCACAUUGAUUCACUGACAGUACGGAGAGGCUCGGACAUAUCACCGCAUGAGUUCACGCAUAAUGCGCAAGCUUCAAGUCCACAAGAGUGGUGGGAUGCCGCAUUACGCACUUCAAGAAUUACCGAAUUACCUCAGCUGGCCCAAAUAGCAACGGAUAGCCACUUGGUCGCAUUUCUUGCCAUCAACCUCUUCAACAGCGCAAUCGCUAUGGUCGUGAUGGCGCUUUCGGAUCCACUCUCUGAUAAAGCGCAAGAAGUAAAACGCAUCACCACUCGCAUCUUUCGGCUCCAAGAUCUGUUUGGAAGGCGAUCAAAACUGUCUAUGCAGAGCAGUACUAUCCUUAAAAAUGUCGUACAGUUGCUUCUGCGCCGCGAAAAUGAGGCAAUAUUCGCACCUGUGCCCGCAAGCAAGAGGACAGAGGAAGUCACAGAGACCACUCCGUCUUCUACUACUGGCCUUCUAUCUGUGCGAGAAACGCUCAAUCUACCACUCGGCCUUCCUCAGGACUUCGACUUUCCGCAACUGGAGAACAAUGUCAGCAAUAUCUUAACAGAGCCAUCGUUCAACCAGAGUCUCGCAUCCGUGCAGAAAGUCUUCUCAAGCAGUUCAUCAGGCACGCCAGCAGUAUCUCAUGGUACACAGCAACUCAUGGACUAUCCCAUGCCAACUCAGGGGAGUGAUCACAACUCAGCUGAGUAUUGGUCGACGGUAAGCACAACACAGAAUCUCUCAGAUCCUCUUGAUACAUUGAGCGGACCGUCAACUCUCGCAGAUAGUAAUGGUGUAUAUUGGUUCUGGGAUACAAUGUGGGAUGGUGGAGCUCUUGAAUGA